AUGCUCGGUGAAACGGAUGGUGAAAACAUUAUGUUGACAACGGAGGCUGGUGAAAUAUUUGUUCACAUAAUAGGUCCUAACGUAUCCCAUGCCAAUACUGUAUUGGAACCUUUGGUUAUCGGCAACAUUAUUGGCGAAGUGAAUUCUUUUGCUUCCGGUGAUGUGGAUGUUAAAGCCGUGGACACCACUAACACGAAUUUAUGUGAAAACGCAAAAGAUGGUGCAACCGUAGCUGAUGAGGUUACAUGUGAGGAGAAUGUGGACGUUGAUGUCGUACCUGAGCAGUUUAACCAACUUUCUUCCAAUACGGCCACAUCCUCACAUGUUGAAGUUGUAUGUGAAGAGUCGGUGGUUGAGACAAUGGUGGCCAAACCUGUAUGUGAUACUGGAGAAGCACCGUUAGACCUUCUUUCUUUGACGGCACAUGUUACAUGUGAUGAGAAGGUUGAAUCUGAGGUUCAAAAAGAUGGUGUCCCAAUUGACGAACUUCCAAAACCUUUGUGUGUAAGCGUGGGAGAGAUAGCGAAAAAGAAUGAUAAGUACAUACCAUCUGCAGAUAAUGAUAAGUACCUUUCUGAUUGUUCGUCUAAUGUUUUGUUCCUUAAUUAA